CUGACUUUGAAAGUCAACAUCAUCCCAAACAUCACUUCUGCACUGGAUAGAGUUCUACGAGCCAGUCUUGAGCUCUGUAAGGCUCAACUAGACCACGAACGAGGACCUUCCCAGCUCCCGAACCUCACCCACCGCCACAAAGUGUCUUUUUCUUCUUCAUCGGAUCCCCCAUCGAUGAAGCCUACAUCGUCGACACCUUGCGACUCGAAUACGGAAUCAUCGUCAAGACGACUGUGGUACUCUCCGAGGUGGUCAUCUCGUUCAAGAUCAGAGUGCCAAUGAGGAUGCUCCAACGACUCGUCCGACCGAUUGAGUGCUCUUGCGCAUCCAUGUGCUGGUUAUAAAUUCGGGAGACUUUCCCGAAUAUGAAAGUGUUCGCGGUGAAGACUGCAGCCGAAGCCAACCUUCGCCAGCUACCUCGCGGCAGAGCGGGUGGCCCUAGAGCUGGCGUCGGAGGCGCCACAUCCCCCCGUCCGCCUCGGGUCGUAGCUCAGCGAAUGGCGGGGGUUGAUCUCAGACGCUGCAGGAAAGGGCAUGGGGAUGAAGCGGAUGGGAUGCCUGUAGUCCAGGGCGCGAGCUCCUUCGCCACGACUCAGCCUCAACUUCAUGAUCUCCAGGUACCCUUGGUGAUAUUGUUCUCCAUGAAUUAUUUUAGUUGGAUUUCCCGAACGCCGGUUCUCCUUAUUAGCAUCAUUGUAUACCUUGAUCGUAAGGCUCUUAUGGCAGACAGUCGCUGGGCAGCAGAUGAGCGCAAGCUCUCCCCUGCCUACGAUGACAUCUCCAACGGCCGCCUUAAAUCAGCAUCCUCUCAAGUCGAGCGACAUUUGAAAAAGCAUGGGGGCUCUCAACCAGCUCGCAUUCUCCGCAUGGUCCUGCUUGAGCGAGUGGAUGCUUCAGAGUCGGCUAUUCUGGAGGCAUGGGAAGAUGUGAAGAAGACUGGCGAGUUGAGCUCGAGGGGAAUGUGGUGGGUCGCGAUGACAUUCCGGAACAUUGGAAGGCGGGAUCUCUCGUUGCAGCUGUACCAGGAUCUCUGGAAGAGAUCGCCAGACAGUGCAGAGAUUGGCGAGCAGGUGUUUCUGCAUGCUGCGGGGGCGUGGGACAAGCCGGCCAUGGUAGAGAGUAGUCGGAAAAUGUUCAACAAGCUCAAAGCGCCAGUUUGGGCUAGAGUCGCAGCAUGGGCAGAGUGGAUCAGGUAUACCGACGGACCAUCGUCCCAGGAUACAUUUACCACGUCCAACGCUGGCGACUUGAGAGUAUCCUCGACGUUGCUCAGUCUGGCUAGGCGAGUCUGCGACUCGGCGGAUUCUCUGUGGCUCCAUCUGCAGAUCAUGAUUGGUGCAGGCAAUCUCUCGGAAGCUUUAAAGCUCGCUCAGACGGUCGGUUCGGAUGGAAAUCUGGCGAGAAUGUGGUACAGGAUGGAAGGGGUCAAGGAGAUUCUGCGGCGGAUGGGAGAUGGUGAGGAGGUCAGGGCAGCCUGGAGAGAAGAGUGGGAAUGGGCCAAGGCGAAACUCAAGGACACGGAAUGCCAACGCAAUUAUGCCUUUUAUCGACACCUCAUCCUCGCAACCAAAUACCUGGACAACACAGCUCUCACCGUUGCCGCCCUGGAAGCUGUUCACGCAGAUAUCGGAGCCAAGGAGCGAGCCCCUGCGCUCGCCCUGCUAGAGCUCGGGGAAGAGGUCGAUUGGCAGACCAAGGUCGAGGCGUACUGGAGCCAAUGGGGAGCCAAGGGAUCCGUCGUGUCGGAACUGGAAGGCAUCGUAGGGGAGAGGAACGAGACAAAGCGCGAGGCGCUCGUGAUCAUGCUUGAGAAGUUGGAUUCUGGCCAUACCUCGCUGGCUGAGUAUCGUCGAGUCGUCAACAGGGAGCUCUUGCUGCUUCGCGUCAGACCAGCAGAAUGGCAUACAGAAUCGCAUUUCGACAGCUUGACUGCGCUAUACGCCGAGGGUCUGCAGUAUGGCCGAAAUCUCCCCAAGACCGACAUCCAGCCAUGCGACGAUGUUGGCCUGGCACUGGUCCACCUCCUCAUUGUCCACUGGAGCAAGGACACCUCCAACGACACUCCCCUCCUCCGUGCCACACUCCUCACCCGGCAUAUCCUCAAUCACAGUCCGGCCUGCAAGUCGGCUCUGCUGAUCCUCGGUCGUCUCCUGCGCCUGCUCGGGGCGAGCAUUCACGAGGCGACCGUUGCAGCCGCCAAGGAAUGGAGCGAGAUUCAGCUGGACAACCUUGCCCACUUCUCUCAUGAACGUGCUGGAAUCGAAUCAUAUGUCAACGGGACGACUCAAGGGUGGUCGAGCUAUGAGGAAAAGUCGAGGAAGAUGUAUCGCCGAGUGUCGACAGAUAUGGCCGAAUACAUCAAACAAGCCCUCCAGCACGAAUCCUACUCCAAGAUCCCAGGCAUCAACUAUGUCAUGUCGACACUUGGCAGAUCAAUGUCCCGAUGUGUCAUGUCUGUGGAGAGGUCCCGAAUGGCCUUGGUCACUGGAGAACCCCUCGUCGCUGAUACGCUGAGGGAUGCGGUGAAUGGACUCGGCGAGGACCUAGUCGAUACGAGGGAUUGGAGUCUCGUCCCGGAGCUUGGGCCUCGGCGAGGGAGUUUGAGGAAGGCGAUGCAACUGGGCGAUGAGCCUGGUCCAAAGUGGAUCAAGGCGUGGGGAGGAUUGCUAUUGCGACUUGAUGUGCUCGAGCGGUCGACCCAGGUCCCCAGGGAGAUGCCACCGAAUGAUCUGUCAGGGGUGCUGCCCUCUGAGCGAGUGGUCAUGGAGAUUGGAUUCGCUUGGCUGGCCAAGGCCUACUCUGUGCUCUCAAGCUCUGAGGAUACAGGAGAGAACAUCUCGCUAGAUCUCGCAGAGAUGACACACGAUGGAUCGGCUUGGGACCGCCUGUAUACCUUUUACCUCCUCGUCGAGGUGAGUCAAGAAUCCUUCCCCGCUGACCUGUAGUUGAGGGUUCUCCUCCGGCGCAUACGGAAGAGACUUGAGAGGGCGAAGAAGCCAAAGGUAUCUGCCCUGGUCAAGGACAUCCAGGCGUUUGAGAAAGAAUUUGAGACCAAAGUGAAGGCAAGGCUGCCCGAGCUCGACUCGCUCAAGGAGAUUGCUUGGCCCAAACUCGAUCUGGGGGGUGACCUCGAGGCUUUCACCCAAGAGGUGACCGAGGCGAGGAGAAAAGGCAUAGACCGGAUCAAAGAGCUGCUCCAGUAGUGCAUGGCAAUGCAUGGAGAAUACAACUAGG